CUCUUACCUACAUUAGUUUUACCUUGUUAAGCCUUAAAUUCGUCUUCGGUAAACAGACAUAAGACCAUCCAUCUCAGAGGUGUUCAAGUGUGAUAAUUAGCCUGAUCAUAUAAUUCAUUCUCAAAACCAAGUUUACUGUUUACCUGGGUGAGCCGGGAAAUAUGGUCACUAAGAAAAGAUGGAUCUAAAAGUGAUUUAAAUAUUGUAAAGCCCUGAGCACACAUGUGCAAAGCUAUUGUCAGAAGAGCUCUUUCUCCUACCAGCCCUUAUGUCCGGGGCUGUGGUCUGCCCUCCAGCCAACAUCAGAGAGCCCGGGGGACUCUGGCUCUUCCUCCCUGUCCUGUCCAUCUCUCUGACUAACUGCUUACCUCACCUCGGACCUUGCCAACCCACAGUGCUCACUCCAGAGAAGUGCGAGGAAGUAGACCCUGAGGUGCAGCGGGUAGCCUCGUCUGCGGGCCGGCUGCCCAAGUGGAAGGUAUCAGCAGGGGCAAGGGCUGACCCUAGCUCUGGGCUGGGGCUUGGCCUGAUACCUUCUCAGCACCAGGACCAGGACUCUGACCAGACGGUGUUUACCAGAACAGCAAAGGGCCUAUUUAUAGCCUCAGCUGCUCAUCUCUCUAGGUCAUGGGUGAGGGGGCAGGGUGGUUCCUCAGAGCAAGGGUAGUAGUCAGACUGAGGGGACUUGGCUGUGCCCAGCUACCACUGACCAGACCCCUGGGCCCCUCCGCAUGGCAGAGGAGACCUUUCACUUCACCUCCUCCAAGCUCCGCUCUCUCCGCCUGCAGCAGGAGUGGCUGGAGUGGGAAGACCGGCGCCGGGCAGCAGCCCUGCAAAGCCGGAACCGAAGGUGCCCCCCAAGUUCCCGGGCCCGGCUCACCAGGCCACGCCACUCCUGCCGAGACCCAGCGGUCCACAGUGCUCUGUUCUCUGGCAACCUGCAACAGGUCCAAGCCCUGUUCCAAGAUGAAGACACCGCCAACAUGAUUGUGGAGACUGUGAGCAACCAGCUGGCUUGGUCAGCUGAACAGGGGUUCUGGGUGCUGACCCCAAAAACCAAGCAGACGGUGCCUCUUACCAUCACUGCAGCCCGAGGCUAUACUGACUGUGCCCGGCACCUCAUCCAGCAGGGAGCUGAGCUGGAUGCUUGCGUUGGAGGCCGGACAGCCUUGCACGAGGCCUGUGCCCAGGCCCAGUCCGACUGUGUGCGCCUCCUACUGACCUUCGGCGCCAAGGCCAAUGUGUUGUCUGAGGAAGGCACAACCCCCUUGCACCUCUGCACAGCCCCUGAAUCCUUGCAGGGUGCCAAGCUGCUGCUGGAGGCAGGAGCAAUCGUGAACUUCGUUGCGCGGGACAGCGAGAUGACUCCCCUGCAUGUGGUGGCGGCAAGAGGCCUGGAGGAGCACGUGGCUCUCUACCUGGAACACGGAGCCGAUGUGAGCUUGCGCACCAGCCAGGGCGAAACGGCCCUGAAUGCAGCGUGCGCAGAGGCCGAGGGUCCAGGCAGUGGCCGGCAGCACCAGGCUGCCGCGCGCCAGCUCCUGGAGGCUGGUGCUGAUGCCCGGGCGGCCGGACGCAAGCACCACACACCGCUGCACAACGCCUGUGCCAAUGGCUGUGGGGCCCUGGCCGAGCUGCUACUGCGCCACGGGGCCUGUGUUAAUGUUCCCAAUGCAGCGGGCCACACACCCAUGGACUGCGCACUACAGGCUGUCCAGGAUGACCCCAACUGCAAGCCAGAGGUCCUCUUCGCGGCACUGCUGGACUAUGGGGCUCAGCCUGUGCAUCCUGAGAUGCUGAAACACUGUGCCAACUUCCCUCGGGCCCUGGAAGUCCUGCUUAAUGCCUACCCUUGUGUCCCAUCCUGUGAUACCUGGGUGGAGGCGGUACUCCCAGAGCUGUGGCAGGAGCAUGAAGCCUUCUACAGCUCUGCCUUGGGCAUGGUGAACCAGCCAAGGCAGCUACAGCACCUGGCCCGGCUGGCCGUGCGUGCUCAAUUGGGAAGCCAUUGCCGACAGGCCACUGCCCGCCUUCCACUGCCCCCACUCCUUAGGGACUACCUGCUGCUGCGCGUGGAGGGGCGCAUCCAGUGAGCACCGUGCCAGGCUGCUCCCAU